AUCACUACUCUCUUAUCCUUGAGACUCAGAGCAAUGGCUUCAGAGCUUGCUUCCCAAAUUUGCAGCCACUUAGCCUCUAUCUUCGCUGUACCAACCCACCCCUACCCACCAGUCCUCGACCUUUUGGUCACUGAGCUCUCUUCCACAGCGGCUCGAAACGGCCGUGUCUUCCUCUAUGGGGUGGGCCGAGAGGGUCUAAUGGUGAAGGCCCUGUGCAUGCGCCUUGCCCACUUAGGCCUCUCGGCCCACAUGGUGUUCGACAUGACCACUCCCCCAAUCACAGCUGCCGAUCUACUCAUUGCCUCAGCCGGCCCAGGUGGGUUUUUCACUGUGGAUGCACUUUGCUCCGUUGCUCGAUCGAACGGUGGUCGAGUCCUCCUGCUGACGGCGCAGCCGGAGACCGGAUCGUGCGUGAGGCACGCUAGUGUGGUGGGCUAUGUGCCAGCGCAGACCAUGGCGAAUGAUGCGGGUGGUGAUGGGGAUGUGAUGAAUUCUCGGCCGUUGCUUCCGAUGGGGAGCGUGUAUGAGGGGGCUUUGUUUGUGUUGUUUGAGAUGGUGGUGUACAAGCUGGGUGAGGUUUUGGGUCAGAGCCCUGAAGCCGUACGAGCUCGCCACACCAACCUCGAGUGACCGCGAUUACCUGAUGAAUGUGGGCCCAUCACUGGGCUCUCUUUUUCUCUUCUGUUGAAAUUCUGGGCCUUAGAGGCCCAACAGAAUGUAAUAAAAAAUGAUAAUAAACUUUUUCUAUCGUUCUAGCUCCAA